AUGGUUGUCAAGGUCGGAAUCAACGGCUUCGGUCGCAUUGGCAGAAUCGUCUUCCGUAAUGCCAUCGAGCACAAUGAUGUCGAUAUCGUCGCCGUCAACGACCCUUUCAUCGAGCCACACUACGCUGCCUACAUGCUGAAGUAUGACAGCACCCACGGCCAGUUCAAGGGCGAGAUCAAGGUCGAGGGCUCCAACCUCGUCAUCAACGGCAAGACCAUCAAGUUCUACAUGGAGAAGGACCCGGCCAACAUCCCGUGGGCCGAGACCGGCGCCUACUACGUCGUUGAGUCGACCGGUGUCUUCACCACCACCGAGAAGGCCAAGGCUCACUUGAAGGGUGGCGCCAAGAAGGUUGUCAUCUCUGCUCCGUCCGCCGACGCCCCCAUGUUCGUCAUGGGUGUGAACAACGAGACGUACAAGUCCGACAUCGAAGUCCUCUCCAAUGCCUCUUGCACAACCAACUGCUUGGCACCCCUCGCCAAGGUCAUCCACGACAAGUUCACCAUCAUCGAGGGUCUCAUGACCACCGUCCACUCAUACACUGCCACCCAGAAGGUCGUCGAUGGCCCCUCGGCCAAGGACUGGCGUGGAGGCCGCACUGCUGCCCAAAACAUCAUCCCCAGCAGCACUGGUGCCGCCAAGGCCGUCGGAAAGGUCAUCCCCGACCUCAACGGCAAGCUCACCGGCAUGUCGAUGCGUGUGCCGACCGCCAAUGUCUCGGUUGUGGACUUGACUGUCCGCAUUGAGAAGGGUGCUACCUACGACGAGAUCAAGGCCGCCAUCAAGGAGGCGUCCGAGACAAACCUCAAGGGCAUACUCGGCUACACUGAGGACGAAGUCGUCUCGACUGAUCUCUGCGGCGACAACCGCUCCUCCAUCUUCGACGCCAAGGCCGGUAUCUCCCUGAACAAAAACUUCGUCAAGCUCGUCUCCUGGUACGACAACGAGUGGGGCUACUCCCGCCGUGUCCUCGACCUCUUGGUCUACAUUGCCAAGGUCGACGGUAACGCUUAG